GCAAGGAUUAAUUGUCAAGGAUCAACGGUCAGGUAUUCCUUGACUCGCUGUAGAGACACUGAAACAAAAUUCCGAUGCGGUAUCGCGAAAAAACUAUUCAAAUUUUGCGUUUUUAAAAGUACCUUCCAUUUAAAAAAAAGUCUGUAGUAAUUAUUAGUCUUUUCAUUAAAAUUUGUGUCACAUAAUUAUUCAAGUAUUUAAAAAAAAGAACUUAUGUUACAAAAAGCUUAAGAAUUUUACAUUUUCUACAUGAGCAUUAAAAUAAAAGCACAAUAUAUAUUUAAUACUACAAGAGCUUACGAAAAGAUGAAAAAUCUCAUGACAAUCAUGAUCACAUUUUUUACCUGAUAAAUAUUUUAUUUAAACUGCUCAGUAUUUAUACUACUGUUCAUACAUACUAUCAACAUACUUUUUACUAUUUGUCAGAAAAUUUUAUCACGAAAUACCAGAGUAAAUCGCACAGUAAUUUACUUUUAGUAACUUCUAGUCAAGUGGGAUUUUGUCUGACAGCAAAUCGACCAAAAAUUUACUCAAAUAUUUUUUAAUCGUUAGAGUAACAAAUACACGAUAGUUUGUUAGUAGUAAAGUUCCCUAGCAGUAUAAAAUAAAUUAAAUUUUAAAUUAUACAUGUAAUUUCUAAACUUUAUUACUUAUUAUAUGAAUAUACAAAUUUUUACUCUGUGCUUUGUAAAACAUUUAUAAUUAUCAUUAUUAUUCUUAUUAUAUAUUUACAUAUGUAAUUUAAUUACAAAUUAUUUAAAAUAUUUAUUUCAAGUCUUACUGUCAUGUAAAACAAAUAAACUUUCAAAUUUAAAUUUCUACAUUGUUUUUUAAUUUAAAAAUUCGCGCUUUAAAGUGUCAGUGUCAUGGCGUCAAUUUUGGCGCGUAAACGAGCUGGUGUCCAAGAUGGAGAAUGUAAACUCUAAAUAAAAUUAAGUUGAAGUGUAAACAAUUAUUUUCAUACAUUAAUUACAUAUUUUUAAUUAUUUAAAUAAAGUGAUCGCUUUUAAAAAUUUCCCCGCCAAAACUGAAUUAGUGUCAUCAUGACCUCGGUAAAUACCGGGAAGUAUCGGCCAGAAAAAUCCGAAAAAAGUCAUAAAAAAUGGGAACCUGGAGUAGAUGGUCCCCGAGAGAAUGCAGCAGACAGCAGACUGAGGCAAGCCAAUGAAAAUAUUCAUAUUGACAAUCUGUACGGGUUCCAACGUGUCAGCGACAACAAGGAACGUGUGGGCUACUUGAUAAACAUGCAGAUAACAGAAAUCGUUGAAGAAGACAAAAGAUUAACCAGUGGUGUCGAUUAUUAUUUCCUAGAAGAAGAUUGCACGCGUUUCAAGGUAUCGCUGCCUUAUCAUCCGUAUUUUUACGUCCUCUGCCGCAAAGAUACAGAGCAAGAGCUGUCAAUAUUUCUCCAGAAAAAGUAUAGCGGCAUUGUAGUAAAAAUAGAAUUAAUUCGUAAAGAAGAUUUGAAUCUUCCCAAUCACUUGUCAGGUCUCCAGCAGAAAUAUUUGAAGAUGUCAUUCGCUAAUAUCGUGGACAUGACCAAAGUAAAGUCACAAAUUCGGCAGGCGGUAAAGCUGAGCAAAGACCGUGAGAAAAAUCAGUCAUGUUACUCUGAAUUAUUAGCAGACAGUCUUGAUCCAGAUGACCAGAUGUCACUGAAAAAAAUAAUUGACCACAUGGACAACAUCGUUGAUAUUCGGGAGCAUGAUGUCAAGCAUCAUGUCCGCGUGUCUAUAGACUUAAAUAUUUUCGUCGGGUCUUGGUACUCAGUUAGGACACGUGGUACUGAUCCUCCGAUCAUCACUCGCCGCACAGACAUCAUUGAAACCGUGGACCCAAUUGUCCUCGCGUAUGAUAUCGAGACUACAAAACUUCCUCUAAAAUUUCCUGAUGCCAACUUCGAUCAGAUCAUGAUGAUCUCCUACAUGAUUGAUGGCGCCGGAUACUUGAUAACCAACCGCGAGAUCAUUUCCAUGGACAUCGAAGACUUUGAGUACACGCCGGCUCCAGAGUUCGAAGGAAAAUUCCAAGUUUUUAAUGAAGCAAAUGAAAAGGCAACGAUAAGAAAAUUUUUUGAUCACAUCCUCGACAUUCGUCCGCAUAUUUUUGUGUCAUACAACGGAGAUUUCUUCGACUGGCCGUUUGUAGAAACGCGUGCUGCUAUCCAUGGCAUGAACAUGAAAGAUCUCAUAGGAUUUUCGAAAAAUCGCGACGGGUUUUUUACCAGCAGACCCGCUAGUCACAUGGACUGUCUGUCCUGGGUAAAACGUGACUCGUAUUUACCAGUCGGAUCACAAGGUCUCAAAGCUGUAACAAAGGCCAAGUUGCGUUACAAUCCAGUUGAAGUUGAUCCCGAAGAAAUGUGUAAAUUGGCAGUUGAACAGCCCGAGUCACUCGCUAACUACUCAGUGUCUGAUGCCGUCGCCACUUAUUAUCUCUACCAAAAAUACGUCCAUCCUUUUAUAUUUGCUCUGUGUACGAUUAUUCCGAUGAGUCCUGAUGAAGUUCUACGUAAGGGCUCCGGUACACUGUGCGAGUCACUGCUGAUGGUUGAAGCGUUCAAGGCAAAUAUCAUAAUUCCAAAUAAAAAAGAGACUGAAUUGAACAAGCUGACAACUGACGGGCACGUUCUGAACCAGGAGACUUACGUCGGUGGACAUGUUGAAGCUCUGGAGUCUGGUAUUUUCCGUGCCGACAUUCCUUACCGGUUCAAAAUAGUCACCAGUGCCGUCGACGAACUGAUCGCUAGCGUCGAGAGUACUCUGAAGCACGCGAUCCAAGAGGAAGAAAAAAUUCCACUCGAUCUAGUCGAUAAUUUCGAGGAAGUGGCCGACGCGAUAAAGGAAAAACUGAUGGAUCUAAAAAAUCAACCGCUGAGAUUAGAAAAACCUGUGAUAUAUCAUUUAGAUGUCGGCGCCAUGUAUCCAAAUAUUAUUCUGACAAAUCGUCUGCAGCCGUCGGCGAUGGUCGACGAAACCGUCUGCGCAGCUUGCGAUUACAAUCGUCCGGGCGCUUUAUGUAAGCGCGAUAUGAAGUGGAUGUGGCGGGGCGAGUAUUUGGCCGCGAGUUUGAGCGAAUAUCAGCGCAUCCAGCAGCAAUUGGAGACUGAAAAAUUUCCUCCGGGAUUUCCGGGUGGACCUAAACGUGCGUUUCAUCAGCUGUCACCAGCAGAACGCGCGACUUAUGAAAAAAAACGUUUGGAACAGUACUGCAAAAAAGUUUACAAGAAAGUUAAAAUAACUAAAAUGGAAGAACGCACGCAAACUGUCUGCCAAAAAGAAAAUUCAUUUUAUGUUGAUACUGUGCGAGCUUUUCGUGACCGACGGUACGAAUACAAGGGACUUAAUAAAGUCGCGAAGCAACAGGUUGCAGCGGCGGUGAAAAAAAACGAUCCGGCUGAAAUAAAAUCAGCUAGAAAUCGUGAAGUUCUUUACGAUUCAUUGCAACUUGCGCACAAGUGCAUUUUAAAUUCAUUUUAUGGAUACGUUAUGAGAGGCGGAUCCAGGUGGUUUAGUAUGGAAAUGGGCGGUAUUGUUUGUUACACUGGCGCUCAUAUUAUUAUGGAAGCUAGAAAAAUAGUUGAGAAAAUUGGACGUCCUUUGGAAUUGGACACUGAUGGAAUCUGGUGCAUUUUGCCUGCCUCUUUUCCAGAUAAUUUUAUUAUAAAAACUCGGCAUGAAAAGAAAUCCAAGCUGACUAUAUCUUAUCCCAACGCGGUGUUGAAUUUUAUGGUGAAAGAUCAGUUUACAAAUCAUGUCUAUCAUGAUUUAGUUGAUAAAGAGACGGGUUAUUACAAAAUACGAAGUGAAAACUCAAUUUUCUUUGAAAUAGACGGGCCUUAUUUAGCGAUGGUCCUGCCGGCAGCUAAAGAAGAAGGGAAAAAACUUAAAAAACGUUACGCGGUAUUUAAUUUUGAUGGUUCAUUGGCCGAACUAAAAGGAUUCGAAGUCAAAAGACGAGGAGAGUUGCAGUUAAUUAAAAUAUUUCAAUCCUCUGUUUUUGAAUCUUUUUUAAAAGGCGGGACAUUGGAAGAAUGUUAUAAAGCUGUCGCAGAAGUUGCUGAUUACUGGCUGGAUAUAAUGUACAGCAAAGGAUCAAAUAUGCCGGACUCGGAGUUAUUUGAGCUCAUCAGCGAGAACAAGUCGAUGUCAAAAAAAUUAGAAGACUAUGGAGCCCAGAAAUCAACGUCCAUUUCAACAGCUAAACGGUUGUCGGAGUUUCUGGGUGACCAGAUGGUAAAAGAUGCUGGUCUGGCAUGUCGCUACAUAAUUUCUAAAAAACCUCACGGUGCUCCGGUAACAGAACGCGCUAUUCCCUUGGCGAUAUUCCAAUCGGAGCCAAGUAUCACUCGGCAUUACCUCCGGAAGUGGUUGAAAGAACCGUCGCUGCAGGACUUUGACAUCCGUCAGAUUCUAGACUGGGGGUAUUACAUCGAAAGACUUGGCAGCGUCAUUCAAAAAAUAAUAACAAUACCUGCAGCAAUGCAAGGAAUUGCUAAUCCAGUUCCACGGGUCAGACAUCCCGAGUGGCUGCACAAAAAGCUGCUGGAAAAAAACGACACCAAGAAACAGAUGAAAAUUACAGACAUUUUUAGCUCCGUUAGCAGAGAAGUCGACGACAAUGACGAAGACAGAGACAGAGACAGCGCCAAUGAAUCAAUGGAAAUAAAUGACAUUGAAGACGUAGGAGCGUCGACUUCAAAGGCAACGAGGCAACUUCCUCAGGCCAAAAGAAAGCGCGCGGUAUCUGAAGACGAGGAGAUCGAUUUGAAAAAAAGUUGGCGCGAAGUUUUGGGAGCUCCGCCGGCACCUGGAAAUACUCAUGAAGGAUUCAAAGCCUGGUUGGAGUUCCACAGGAAGAAGUGGGCGUAUCAGAAGCAGCAGCGUGGUGACAGACAGCGCAAGAGAAUAAAAAUGAUCGGUCAGGUUGAAGAAACAGCGCGCGGAGUUGUCCGUAAUCCGAACACCUCAACAAUUUCAGGUUUCUUCCGGAAAGCGCAUCGUAAAUUACUGGACUAUCCGUGGCAAAUAAUUCAAAUUGUCGAGACGAAUGAACCAGGUCUAUUUAGACUCUGGGCUCUGGUAGACAAUGAGCUCCAUCAUAUCAGACUGUUGGUGCCAAGGAUUUUUUAUGUCAACUCACGUAAAGAACGUGGGGAUCCUGGGCCCAAUGACCUGUGGCGCAAGUGCACUAAAAUUCUUCCAAGAUCACGGCCAGUUUAUUACUUGUACCAGUACACUGUCCCGGAAGAACUUUAUCAGCAGCACAGCCAAAGUCUUAUGGAAAACGUCACGCAGCCGGAAAAUGAAGGGAUCUACGAAACUCAAACGCCCCUCAUUUUCCGAGCGAUACUCGAAUUGGGAUGCGUUUGCACCGUCGACGCCAAAGCUGCGCGUGCUAUGGCAGAUGGGUCGGACACUUUUAAUUUACAUCAACUCCAAAUGAAAACAGGAAUAACUGAAAUGUAUUUGCGUGACCGCGCUGCUAUUAAAUACGUCUACUUGUUCCAUCACUGGGCGCCAAAUCGCCAGAGGUCUAUGUGGGGUUUAUUUUUAGGCCCCAGCAAACGAGGUCAUGUUUUUGUUUACGACUCCGUCAAGACAAACCAGAUGCCGAAUAUGAACGCUCUGUAUCAAACCGAACUGGCUGCCGUGAAGGAUCAUCCGGAUUUCGAUUUUUAUCCAGAAGACAUGAGCUUUGAAGUGCGGGUCGAAAUAAGCCUGCAGCAAAUCCACCGGCAGCUUCAGGCGGCUUUGAAGUCUUACAAAAAUGAAAUGAAAGGCGCCACGAUGCUGCUGAUUCAGUCUCCCAUGGAAGUUUCAAAUCUCUGCAGCGAAAUGCCGACACUGAACGAGUUUCCUCUGGUGACUGUCCAUAACCCGGACGUCGACCAUCUCUUCAGUACCUUGGACUGGCAGAGAGUCGGCGCCAGAACUAUGAUAAGACACUUUUUAAAAAGUAAUCACGGGCUGUGUCUUAUGAUUGAUCAGUGCCGGUUUUUCGCAGCCCCACUGGGUAACAUUCCAGCGGACGCGACACUUUUUGGCGCGGAUUUAUUUUACGCGCGUAAUUUACAGAAAAAUAAUUUCAUACUCUGGUCGUCUCCAAACGAAAGACCAGAUCUUGGGGGCAGUGAAAACGACGACAACCGUCUGCUUACAGACUUUGAGGAGAGCUCCAGUUGCGCUGCCAAUAAGUCAGGGGCUUUUUCCAGCGUUUGUGUGGAACUGGAAGUUGAAAGUCUCGCUAUCAAUACACUUCUGCAGUCGAACAGAGUCAAUGACAUAGAUGGUACCAGUUCAUUCGUCGCGUUUCAUGUCGCACCUCAAGCUUCCCUACAGGACAUAGUAUCUGGAGACCCAAAGGCCGUGAUUCCGAGUUACGAUGAAACCGCAGUCUGCAGCGCAGCAUUCAAAGUUCUAAGGAAUAUGGUCAGUGGUUGGUUGAAAGCAGUAACUCUGCAGAAAAACGUCUUCGCUGAUUACCAAAUAAUUCACUUCUAUCGAUGGCUGAGGACACCCAAUGCCUUGCUCUACGAUCCAGCUUUGCGACGAACACUUCACACUUACAUGAAAAAAUUAUUCAUCCAAUUGAUCGCUGAAUUCAAAAGACUGGGGUCUAUUAUAGUCUUUGCUAAUUUCAACAAAAUUAUUAUUUGUACUAAAAAACGGACAAUUACUGACGCACUUGGGUACAUUGAGUUCGUCGUCCAAACUAUUAAGAACAAAGAAUUGUUUCACUCGAUUGAUAUCACGUACGACAAUUGCUGGGAGUAUUUAGUUUGGUUGGAUCUCGCGAACUUCGCUGGCAUAAAAGGAAAAUUAAAUGACUCCGUUGAUAAUAAAGAAAAAAAUACCAGCAACAGUGAGGAUGAUGAAGACAAAGACUCCGAUGAUGAAGAUGAUGAUACACCAGAAGUUAUAAUGAAUUGGAAUUUAAUGGAAAUUUUACCCCAAGAAGCCUCAUGCCAGGCGAGUUUCAGUGCCGUGAUUGCCGGCUACAUCAUCGCUGUCUAUGAAUUCAUAAAUCAAAUGGAGUUUCCAUCCACUCCGAGACUCAGUCGACGCAGAAAAAAUAAUUUUAGCCAGACUAUUUGUCAACUAGGUCUGGGAUCGUUGGAAAAUGCUGGCGAGUUUGCUAAAAAAUUAAUAAACGGAGAGAUGUCACAGAAAUUAUUUCAAAUUGUACAGAAAAUUCACAAAAAAAUACCGGAAAAAGUUCUGACGAGCGACGAGUUUCCAAAUCUUGAGCUCGGGAGCACCGGCACGAUGAAAAUAAACCCGGCAUUGGAAUUAAUAAAAGCGGUUUGUAAAGUUCUGUCCCUAGACAAAGAAGUUGAAGACGAAGUCUGUGAACUGCAGCGUAAUCUCUUGAGAUUAAUAAACGUCGGUAAUUUUAGUGACAAAGCCGAGUGGAAGGAACCCUGCAUUUCUUUUGUACUGCCAGAGAUUAUUUGUAAGGCCUGCAAUCACACGAGAGAUAUCGAUCUUUGCAAAGACAUUUAUCGUACAAUUGAAGCUGGCAUUCAUGUUUGGAACUGCCCGCUCUGUAAAACGACGUACGACAAUGCGGAAAUUGAGUUUAUUCUUGUAGACACUGUGUGCAGAAAAAGUAUGGGGUUUGUUCUCCAAGAUUUGCAGUGCAAAAAAUGCGGUGAAGUUCAGAGGGACAACGCCCGCGAGUACUGCACGUGCUCAGGAGAGUACAGAAAUACUGUCCCCCAAGAAGAGAUGGUAAAAUGUGUAAAGGUUUUAAAAUCAAUAGCGAAAAAAUGUCAGAUGAUUGUUCUGAGUGAUUUAAUUGAUAGUAUCCAAGUUCUUAAAUAAAUAAUAUUUUAAUUUAUAUUUUAA